AUGGCCUUCUCCCUCGCCUUCAGCCAGGCGCCGCCGGACCACCCUUUUGUGGGAGAGUUCUUCCCCGUGCAACUCACGCUCAUCGACGGCGACCACGAAAUCCACGGAGGCAUCGAGCUGCCCCUGUCGCUAGAAUUGUACUACGAGGAAAAGGAUAAACAGGUCAGCAAGGGCGUGUUUGAAGUGGAAGGUUCCAAGAGUCCAAAGAUCACGAAGAACGGCAUGUGCACUUGUAAGCUCCAUAUCACGAAGUCGAGCAUGGAGUUGGAUAAUCGGAGAUUCGUGCUGAAAGCCAGUGCGAAGAUGAAGAACGGCAGUAAGCUCGAAGUCUGGUCCGAGCCUUUGAGGGUGAUGCGCUACCGCCUCGUGAUAGACGAAGGAGGUAUCUUAGAGCACGACGAGGCCGAGACGAAGAAGAUGAAGGACGCGGCGGCGGCGCGUCUUCCGGCGUCUUUCACUUCAUUGAAACGACUCGGCUCCGUCUCAGGAUGGCGUGGGUGGUUUUUCUUUCGAAUUCGGGGCCGUUCGGACCGCGUCGAUGGCGUCGCGGAGCACUGGAGCGUCUCCCGGGAACGGCGCCGUUGCGUGUCGUUCGCCCUUGUGGCGCGGCCGCGGCACGCCAGUCGACGCGACGGCACCGUCAACGCGCCGCCGCGACGCCAUCGACGCGGCGCCGCGACGACACCGAGAGACGCCAUCGACGCCAUCGACGCUUCAUACAAACGCAGGUCUGGUACAAGGACGAGGGCGGCCGCGAGAAGUGCAUCCUGUUGAACGUGUCGUUGGAGGACGGGUCGGGCUCCAAGAUCAAGGACCGGCCCGUGCAACUGAAGUGUUUGUUGAGAUAUGCCGAGAGCGGCAUGCCCGUCACCAAUCAAAACGUGUUGCGCAUCUGGACGGAUUCUCAUGAUAAAAAACCGUCCAUCAAGCUCUACAAAGGGUCUCUGGCUAUAAAAGCUCGAGUGGAGGACGUGUCGAAGAACCACCAGGGCCAGUCGUUCAAGAUCGAGGUGAUGGCUGAUAUUGACGAGUCGCCGACCGAUUGUGAUGUCGCGCCCGUGUUUAGUAGGGCAGUGAACGUGCGAUCCAAAAGAAAUAAGAGAAGAAGGCAGCCUACCUCGCCGGCUCGGUCUCGCACUCCUCCGCCCGUGACGACUACCAAUUCAUUUGCACAUGCUCCCGGCGUCGCGGGCUGGAUCGAGAGCGUCAUUUGUCUGUGUGGAAAUCAAAAUUUUACGGCGCGUUCCGCACUCGACGCACUGGUUGAUUUCCACACAGGUCAUGGAGGGUCUGGACCAGAUGAAGUGGGCGCCGGACAUGCAGCAGCUUAUUAAUCCAAACGCUUUGAUCGCGAAGCUCGAGCGGCGCUACGAGAGCGACGUGGUUCGUGUUUCGGCGUCCUUCUUUUUUUCUUCGUUCCUGUCCGAGUGGAUGCUUGCCGCGUUGGUGGCGUCGAGGUGGCCCGCGUUUCCUUCGCGUCGAUGGCGUGAGUCCACGCGAUGCUGUCGACGCGACGCCAACAACGCGCGCAGGCCCCGCACCUCGGCCCCGGCGCCGCCGGGCGCAAGAAGCGCAAGGUCUCGCUCCAGGCGCCGGCCGGCCACGUCGCGAAGCCGCCCAUGUCGCGCGCGCGUGCGCGUCCCGCGUCUUGGUUCAUGGCGCCCGCAGCGCCCGUGUCCGCGCCGCGCUGCCGAAGCGAAGCAGCCGCUCGCGCGCGCGAUCCCGUCGCGGCGCUCGCUGCUCGUGGCGCUACCGGACGAAGGCCACGCCGCCAUCGGCACGACGUCGACGCCGUCGCCGCGCGCAGGCACGUCGGCCGGUUUGACGCUGGAUGCCUUAGAUGCUGCCGAGAGAGGUGUGGUCGCGCCGUUCCCGGGCGCGGACGAGCUCGGGUCGGUGGCUCGGAGCAGAAGAUGAACUUGAACGUGACGUGGUCGCGUCGAUGGCGUCUUCAUGAGACCACGCCGCCUCGACGCCGUCGACGUGGCUGUCAGACGUCGCCCCCACGCCGUCGACGUGACUGUCAGACGUCGCCUCGACGCCAUCGACGUGGCGGCCAGAGAGUCUCGUAACGCGACGGCGUCGUUCGACGCAGGUUGAGCGCCGGCUUACAACCGCCCGUCGUCCAGCGAGGCGUCUCGUCGCUCUACACGGGCGGGCCCACGGGCGACGGUUCUGGUUUCGAGGACUCCGGCGUGCUGCCGCCCUUUUCGGCGACGCCCGAGUCACUCGCCGAGGAGCCAAAAGUCCGCGUCAUCCUCGCGAAGCGCUUCCGGCCGGCGCGCGGCACGACGUCACUCGGUUAUCCGGCCUACGACGGCGCCAAGAACUUGGUGGGUCUCUAUAGGGACAACGGCACCGGCGCGCCCGUCUUCGUCCCGGCCGGACACCCGGCCUCGCUAUUGGAGGAGGCGGACUUCCCGGCCGCUUCCAAAGCUUACGACCGCGAGAUCGAAAACAAGUCGGCCUGCGUCCACGACCUCGAGAAGUUCUCGUCGCUGGACGCGCUCAAGGAGGCGGCGUUCCUGUACUGCUACUCGAAGGAGCCGUGGGCGGAGCUGGACUUCUCCUGA